AUAGCGUCGAGCCUGGCAUCGGUCAGCAGGACAAGUCUCAGUUACUUUGUACCAUCUUCGAGCCUUCAUUCUGCGAACGAAGGCAACCCAGCAAUUUCAUCAUUUGGUACUAUGGGCGAGUGAGGCAUGGUCAGCAUGUCUAGCGAGCGUCUGGGUGUAAGGAGGAAGGCAGAAGCUAAUAAUGGUCAGCCCACCACGGGCGCGGCGGCUCCGGUGGAGGAAACCCCGAACCACAUCGUCUAUAAGCGGAUGGAGAAGAUCGUGGAACAGAUGCAGCAGGAGGAGACAGGAGUACCGGUGAGAACAGUGAAGAGCUUCAUGACGAAGAUUCCGUCGGUGUUCACGGGCGCAGAUCUGAUCACGUGGAUGAUGCGCAACCUCGACGUCGAAGAUCAGACAGCAGAAGCUUUGCACUUGGCUCACCUCAUGGCGGCCCAUGGUUACUUCUUCCCCAUCGACGACCAUGUCUUGACUGUCAAAAACGACUCUACCUUCUACAGGUUCCAGACUCCCUAUUUCUGGCCUUCCAACUGUUGGGAACCUGAAAACACAGACUAUGCGGCGUUGCCAAAUCCCCAGCGCAGGAAGUUUGGCACAGUGGCGCUCAGGACCGUUCGAUUUGUUCUUAAAGGAGACACUACGUGUGGCUCGGUAGGUGAUCCUCUGGUGGCAACACCAUCCGCAAGACUACCAGAGACCGCGACCCUGAUGACGUACGGGACUGACUCUCGACGUGUCUUGCUGAAUCUUGAUGUGUCUUGCUGGUUCUUGAUGUGUUUUGCUGACUUUCGAUAUGUCUUGCCGACUCUCGAACCGUCUUUUGCUGAACCUCGACGUGUCUUGCUGACUCUCGAACGUGUUUUGUUGACUCUCGAGAAGUCCUGCCGACUCUUAACAUGCCUUGCUGACUCUCGCCAUGUCUUGCUGACUCUGAACAUGUCUUGCCGACUCUCGAACGUGUCUUGCCGACUCUCGACAUGUUUUACUGACUCUCGACAUGUCUUGCCGACUCUCGAACGUGUCUUGCCGACUCUCGACAUGUCCUGCCGACUCUCGACGUGUCCUAAUACCUGUUCUCUUGUCACCAUAUCCGGGUCUGGUAUUAGCUACCAAGAGUUCUGUUACCUCGGUGUUCAUUUAAUUGAGGUUAGCUCCGAUCCUCAAUCCUCCUUCAGCUCGCCCGGGUGUGUGAACACAACGGAAAUAGACAUUAAGAAGGCGUGCCGGAUGAACAAGCCUAUCAAAUCCACCAAGCACCUGGCACUCGGUCUUGCCGGGGGGCGGAUAUCCCCCUCGGUGUCAGAGGCUGACCUUCUGACGCCUAUGGACUCCAUCAAGCAGGACAUCGAUCUCCUGAGGACAAGGAUCGACCGCUGUAACUUCAAAGUCUCUAAGGCGGCCGAGUCGUUCAUCAGCUACUGGGAGCAGUACCAGGAAUACGACCCCUUCAUCACUGCAACAGACCCGCCCAACCCCUGGGUGACCGACUGCCCGGAGUUUUGGGAAGGAGAAAAAUUAGGGAAAGAAAUUCCAACUAAACGAGUUAGACGGUGGGCCUUCAGUGUACAAGAACUCCUCAAAGACCCCAUAGGACGCGAGCAGUUCGUCAAAUUUCUCGAAAAGGAAUUUAGCGGCGAGAACCUCAUGUUCCUCAACGCCGUGCAGGAGCUGAAAUGCCUCCCGCAGAAGGACGUCAACGAUAAGGUCCAAGCCAUAUGGGACCAGUUCCUCGCCUCCAACGCCCCUGUCCCGGUUAACAUUGACUCGAAGUCCAUGAACAUCACCAAAAAGAAUAUGCAGAAUCGAGACCGCUGGACUUUCGACGCUGCUGCUGCUCAUCUCUACCACCUGAUGAAGUCAGACAGCUACUCGCGUUAUUUGCGCUCAGAAAUGUACAAAGAAUUCCUCAGCGGGGGCAGGAAAAAGACUUCGGUGAAAGGCAUCAGGUCUAUAGUUAACUUCAGCAAAGGGAAGGACGGACCACCUCCUUCCUAGUAGAGACUGGAGCGGUCCUGCAUGCUUCCUUCCAUCCCCAGCUGACUGGGAAAUCGUUUAUGAUUCCUAAGCUCUCCACUCUGAACAUCGGCACGAACAGUUAGCUGGCCCGAGUCUAAGCAGGGUGCUCAAGGUGUCCAUGGUCCGCCGAGUGAGUGAGAGGCUGCCAUUAUAAGUGUGUGUGUCCCGGUGGCCGCCACGAUGCACCUUGCCUUGGACUGCGUGUUGCUGUUUUUGGGCCUACCAUGCCACCGACGCCUCCCAUGGUUCACUGACGCUGCGGAGAGACGUGCGUGUCCAGGAUCCAUAUCUCCAUUCCCACACGUUCGAGGUUUACACAGCUGUAAAUAUGUCGUCAAGUUUAAACCAAAGAAUGUCCUAGGGGGCGAACGUAGCGAGUGCCGAGGGCCGCGCUCGCCAGGUCGCGAAGCAUAGCCGACGCCGAGAAGAAGGACAAAGGGAAUUAGUUCUCAUCCGCUCGUGUCAAUAAUCAUGUACAGAGCUUGCAAGCGGCGUCGGAAGGCCCUUUGAGUCCACCCUCUCCUGCCCGGUCCUGUUGCGGAUCGCCACCUCGACCCUGCGACCUAGGACGUCCGCGAGUGACAUCGGGUGUCGGAUUCCUUCUCUUCUUUUUUUUUCCUCGAAAUUCUCUUCUGGACAUUGGUGUGUUGGUGCCGAACCCUUCUGUGAAUGACUUCGGCGCCGGAAACAAAAUGCAGUUUGUGAUGGAAGAUAGACUGAUACACGUGCGACUGUGAGACUCAUUCCCUCCCUUCCUCCCUCCCCCAUCUUUACCUUCCUCCCUCCUUCCCUUCCUCCCUUCUUCCCUUCCUUCCUCCCUCCCUCCCUCCCUCCCUCCCUCCCUCCCCCAUCCUUCUC